GUUCGGCGCGUCGUCCUGUUUUCGUUUCGUUCAAGAACUGGUUCGUGAUUUCGUCUUCGUUCUGACUUCUAGCGCGGCAGCGGGGUCGUCGUUUCGCGUAAAGCCGUCGCCACCGGCAGCGAGGCAGGGCCUCCGGUCAGGGUCUUGGAGUCGCUCGCAGUGGCGCGCUUUCCCCCGCCAACGAGAGCACUACCCUGGGCGCGUGUCUCCUGCGAAACGGGGACGCGGAACGCCUUCGCAGGAUGGAGCUCGGCGAAUAUCUUUUGAGCCUUACCGGGGCCGCAUCCAUAGCCCCCCGGGCCCUUUCCAAAGAAUAGCAGGCGGCGGGCCCGCGGCCGCGCCCGUUCUUUCAGGGCGUAGCGCGCCCGGCAGCGCGCGCCUUCGGGGCGGCCGGCCGCAGUGUGGCGGGCCGUUCUACUGGGGCCAACUGGCUGAAAAACGAAGCAGGCGCCUGCCUUCGUGUGCGACGAGUUGGCCGGAGGGCUGGCGCGGAACGCCCCUCCCGGGCGUGGAGAUUGUGGCCGGUCGGCGGAUGGCGGCGCCGGCGGCGCGUCGCGGCCCCGACCGCCUUGGCCCCUUUGGGUUGCCGGCGGUUUUUGGGGUCAGUGGGACAGGGGGCGCGGCCCAGGUGCGGAAACUUCUCCGAAAGGGUCGGGAGCAUUUCAACACUUGCGCGGCAACAUUCCGACAAGCGGCGGCACUUCGGACCUGCGGCAGCGAUUCGGGGCGGGGCGUAUUAGUGAAAGGGGGCCCCCGCGGCAGUCGCGGGCGCCAUUGCGGGGGCGCGCCUAUUCGGCGGACGCCGCUCGGCCGACUGGGGCAGCAGCAGGGGGCGGCGAAAAAGGAGAAAGAGCUGCGAGAUGAAGAGCCCGGGGCUGAGGAUCUAGGCGGGCGCCCGCGAAAGGGGCCAAGGCGUGGAAGGAUGAACCUGGGCCGCCCGGCUUCCUUUUGUGCUCCCAGCGCGCCGCGCUUCCCCCCCCCCGCAGGGGCCCGGGAGAGGGCGCCGCCUUGCGGCCCGCCGCCGGCCUUCCACCUAUUUCGCGCGGCCCCCGCCCGCAAGGGCGCGCCCGAUUCUCUCGGGCCGGCUGGCCCGGCGGCUUAUAUUGCGCCGCCCGCGACCCCGCCGCCCUGGUCUUGCGUGGCCCGCCGCGGUCCGCUAGCAUAUUGACACCCAGCCGGGGCGGCGUCCUCGGCGGCUGUCUUGCCGAGGGCCCCGGCCAACAGCUACCGCGCCGGGGCGGGCUUUUUUGGCCCUCGCCGGCGAGCGGAGCUACCGCCAGGCCAGUCGCUUCCCGUGCGCAGCCGGGGCCGCUGCCUGGCUGUGCUUUCUCUCUGU